AUGACGACACGCACCCGCAGCACCACUCUCCAUGUCCCCAAAACCACACCGAACACAAGACCUUCAAGGACAAAGCGAUCCAUUGAUGAUUCUCCAAGCUCCCCAGCACAUCCAUCCAAACGAUCUAAACCCUCCCCCACCAGCAAUCACAGCCAUAAUAAAAUCAACAGCCCCCGCGCAAAGGGAACAUCUAACAGAGCGGAGAUCGAAGCUGCUGCAGCAACUGCAGAAGUUGAACAUCCUGAGACAAUUACCGUGGAAGAAAAGAGUGUUCAUAUAUUGAAACGCGGCUCGAAAAGAAAAGUGGCUCCGCCUGAGCUUGAAGAGUAUGCUAUCGAGGAAGACGAGGAAGAGGAGAUUGAAAUAAAGGCUAAAAAACAAACGAAAAAGACAAAGGUAAAAGAGGAGGUCAUUAUAGAUAUGAGACCGCUCGCUCCCCGAACUGCAAAUCUGCGGAUGUAUGUAGGGGCGCAUAUUAGCGCUGCGAAAGGAGUCCAAAAUGCCGUGACGAACAGUGUGCAUAUCGGUGGCAACGCUUUUGCGCUGUUUCUGAAAUCUCAGAGAAAAUGGGAUAAUCCACCACUCCAACCUGAACAUCGAGACCAGUUUCGGCAACUUUGUGCAGAACACAAUUACGAUGCCUCAAAACAUGUUCUUCCCCACGGCUCGUAUCUAGUUAAUCUAGCACAAGAGGAUCCAACAAAAGCCACGCAGGCAUACAAUUCUUUUCUUGAUGAUCUGAAGCGCUGCGAAGAGCUCGGUAUAUCCCUAUACAACUUCCACCCUGGUGCAACCAUUCAGACCACUUUGGAGUCUUCCCUAUCUCGACUCUCAAAAGCCCUUACGUCUGCCCUAGACGCUACCACCAGAGUCAUCCUGGUUCUAGAAACAAUGUGUGGACAUGGAACCACGAUUGGCGGUUCCCUGUCGGACUUCAAGAGCCUCCUUUCUCUAAUUCCAGACACCUACCACGCUCGCAUCGGAAUAUGCGUGGAUACGUGUCAUAGUUUCGCUGCGGGAUACGACCUCCGUAGCCCUGGUGCUUGGAAUAAGUUUAUGAAAGAAUUCGACGAAGAAAUAGGCUUGAAAUUCUUACGGGCUCUCCAUCUGAAUGAUUCCAAAACUCCACUGGGUAGUCGACGAGAUUUACACGCCAAUAUCGGGACCGGAUUCCUAGGCCUCAGGGCUUUUCAUAACGUGAUGAAUGAAAAGAGAUUGGAGGGCAUUCCGAUGAUAUUGGAAACCCCUAUUGACCGGCCUGCCAACAUUGAAGCCGAGACCGCCAGUGGACAACCUGAUGAUGAAUUUGGAGUAUGUAAGGAGGAUCAUUCAAUCCCAACGCCUACCACCAAGAAAACCGGUGGUGCUAAAAAGGGCCCUGCUAGAAAACAAAAACCCAGCAAACCCGCUAUGAUUGAGGAUAAAUCCGUAUGGGCGAAGGAGAUAAAACUUCUCGAAUCUCUGAUUGGGAUGGAUUUGGAAAGUGAAGAAUUCCUUAGACUGGAGGCCGAAUUGGCAGAGCAAGGGAGGGAAGAAAGAGAGAAGCACCAGGCGAUGUUUGAUAAGAAACAGGAAAAGGAGUCGAAGCAGAGGGAUCUGAGAGAUAUGUUUGGUGCGAAUGGAAAGGGAAAGGGCAAAGGGAAAGCUAACACCACGGGAGCUAGGAAACGGAAGAAGACGGUCAAUAUGGAGAGUUCCGAUGACUCGGAUUAA